AUGCGAAUACCUGCCGCCGGGUCAUACGUCUGCUGGAGCUGUCUAUCAAGAGGUGCUCACUCGGAGCUCCCAUCCCAAAGAGCGGCAGGACUGGCCAGAAGUAGCCUCCGAGGUAAUGCUGCACGCGGUCAUGCCGCGUUUCUGGUCAACCGCAGGGCCUUUGCGACCGUACAAGAAACGCCCCAGGCAGGCUCAGAAGAUGGCUUCGUCCCGAAAAUCCGCCAGCGGCUGCGACAAUGGGAGGCCGAGAACGAGGCACCAGCCCCUAAAGGCGUACCCGCAGACUACGGCAGCUCAGGAAAAGUACGGAACUUGCUCACAAGGGCUCGCCACCUUGAUGAGCUGAGGCUGGAUGAAGGAGAAGGCGCAGACCUGGAACAGCCGCUCCCCGACAGUGACAGUUUCCUCGAUCUCCUCCCUCCGCCAUCCGAAUUCAAAGCCGGCGACUUGAUCGAGCUUCAGGAAGAUAGCGACAGGGCAGCAAUCUUGGCCAUAUGUCUCGGGAAUCUCCACGGGAUCUACCACUUCUACACGAUCACUGGAAAGUGGCAUCCCACUCCCAAAACAUCGUCGAACUUUGUGGUCAGGGACUUCGUUGGCGCGCAAUUGCUCCAGCCCAUCGUUGACAAACUACCAAAGGAGGCCUUACCCUUCGAGACGUUGAGGGCGAUGAAAGAGCUUAAGAUGGGUCCGGACCGCGAAUCUGGUGGUGCGCUUCUGCACGUCAUGCUCAAGUUUCAACAGAAAGCGGAAGCCGCUGUUCAACAAUAUGCCAUCCGCCUCGAAAACGCUCACGAGAUUCUGUCCAAAGGCCACGACAGGUACCUCACGCUGGACCAAGUCGCAACUAGUUUGAUCGACCGGCGAAGAAAAGGGGAGGACAAGAGCAUUCCUAUUCACACCUUAUUUGCUGUUCACCGCACUAUCAUGACCAACGACGUCGGAUUCCGACUGGUCGGUGCACUGGGCCCAACCAGGAAGACUGUAUACGAAGUGACGCCGGCUGAAGAUGUUAUUCUGAUACACAACAUGCAGACAUUGGUCAGGCUCUUCACCGACAUCCCCGGAAAAGUGAAAAUGCCGCUGUCUGCUUUGAAAUCGUCUGUGUUGAGUCAAAGCCAGAUAGGCCGCUUCGUUCUGAAGGCCAGGGAUGCUAUUGACCAGAGCCGGCGGUACCGUGACUGGACGCCCCACGGGACUCUAAGCCCUUCGAAGAUACCCAGGCCGCCCCUCAGAACGGAAUGGACUGACAUCGACUUGAGCAUCUUGCAUUUCGUGCACCUAUGGGCUGGCUACGAUCAAUUCUCGCUCUCCUCGAGCUUCCAAACGAUAGGUUCCACGAUUCUGAGGGCUCUUGGUUUCGAGCGUGUGCAGCUGGGGCCAGUUGGCAUUUCGGCUCAUUUGACGCCGGACCGUUUCGCGGGCAAGCGCAAGGAGUGGACUGAUCACAGGGUGUUUGCGAUUGACGCUCGAGACACAGUCGAUAUUGACGACGCCGUGUCUAUUGAGAAGACCAACAACCCGGACGAGCAUUGGAUUCACGUCCAUGUAGCAGAUCCUGCGUCCCGGAUUCAGCAUAAUUCAAAUCUCGGACGGCGCGCUCAGCUGUUGCCGCUCAACUUGUACCUCUCGGGACACCAGUCCAACAUCUGGGGUGUGGGCAGUGAGGUCCAGGAGUUGUUUUCCCUCGGUCCUGACAAGCCUUGCCUCACCUUCAGCGGCAGGGUGAACAAUGAUGGCGAGCUCCUGGAGUACACUGUCACCCCAGGUCAGCUCAAAGACCUCAUUUUCAUCACCCCCGAGGAGGUCAACCACACUGUCGGGUUUGAAGAUCCCAGGCGCCCCCCGGCGUGGUCUAGCACGGAGAGCUUCCAAGUGGGCCAGCCACCCCCCAAGAAACCCGAGAAUAGGAAGAUGGUAACUGGCUCCGAGCUUCGACAAGAUGAACUUGAAUCACUCGAGGCGCUUCAUCGGCUCGCAAUCGCCAUUCGCGACAGGCGUCUGGCCAAGGGCUCCGUGCCACUUUUCCCACUGCGCGCCGACGCCAAGGCCUGGUUUGAUGAUACCUCAAUCGACGAGGCAUCAUCGGGUCUCAUGACCUGCAACGGCGAUCCAUCCAUCAGCAUAGGCUGGGACGUUGGCAGCGAGGCCCCUCUGGUGACCAACACCAUGGUCCUAGCAGGCGAGAUAGCCGCACGGUGGUGUGCGGACCGCAAAAUCCCCAUCCCCUUCGUCAAGCAAUCCGCGGCCGAAAGGAACUCGGAGCUGCUCAAGGCAUACACCGAGAGGGUCUACUACCCGGCCCUGCUCCGCGGAGAACGGCCCAGCAUGGACCAAUCCAGGCAGUUCUACGACCUCGUCGGCCCAGACGAGGUGUCCACGCGGCCGGGCCCGCACUUCAUCCUGGGUGUGGAUGCCUACGCCAAGGUGACGUCGCCACUGCGGCGAUACUCGGACCUCGUGGCGCACUGGCAGAUCGAGCAGGCGCUCCUGCAGGACAAUGGGGAAGGAAGCAAGGUGGCGGUGCAGAAGCUGCCGUUCAGCAAGAGAGAGCUCGACACGGAGGUGCUCCCCUGGAUGGUGCUCCGGCAGCGCAUCAUCGGGCGCCUGGGCAACGUGGACGGCAACCACGCCUACAUGCACCAGGCCCUCUUCCGGGCAUGGAAGUACCCCUCCGAGCACGACUCGAGGCUGCCGGACACCUUCCGGUUCACCGCAAAACGCGCCGGGGGCGGGUUCGUCACGGGCUGGUUGGACUGGUUCGGGCUCGAUGUGCUCAUGGUCCAGGACGGGUUGGGAAGGCUGGGGGUCACGGUGAGUGACAUCAGGAUGGGCGAUGUUUUCGAGGUCAAGCUGAAGGACGUCAAUGUCCACGUGGCCGAGGUACUUGUUGAGGCGGUGGGGAGGGCCAGCGCGCAGGAGCACAGCGGGGUUUGA